AUGGCGGCUCGUAGAAGUAGAGUGAGGGACCUGCUGCUCAACCCAGACGGCCAACCAAACCUCCUCGCAGCAUCAAUCGGAACAGCUCCAACCUCACCUGCAGCGACCUCAGCACUUCGGUCUCCAUCAAGUUCACCCGUCCGAACGACGUCAACUGGACAUUUCACGCCGUUAAACUCCCCAAAUCGGAGUCUCGAGUUUACAGUCAUAACGUCAAAGGGAAAGGUACCAUGUAUCGUUCCCGACAAUGUGGAACUAAUCGACCUGUUGAAGGCGGCGUCGAGCAAGCUCGGUAGUGGUAGCGAGUUGGUCACGGCGCGAACGUUGGAAGGAAGGCAAUGUGGAAACGACGAGUCCGUUGCCAGCAUCCACGGGAAGGAUCAUGUCAUCGUAGCGUUGUUUGCCGAGGAGGUCGAAAAAGUACCCGAGCAAUUCCAAAAGGCAUUCGCAAAAUUCCCAUCACCGGCGAGACAGGGGUCGCUGAGCGUACCGACUGCAGCGGAAACAGCGGCGCUUUCAAAUGCACCAGCAGCAGAGGCGCAGACGGAGAACGAUGAGUUGAACGUCGUAAGAGGCCCAACAAUCUCCGUGCCGGGAAAGCUGGGACGCAGGACGGCUGUGAGACGAAAGACAUCCGAGAGGAGGGAAGAUCUAUCUCCAUCGCUUAUAGCAGACCUCGACGCCGAGGAACAGGCACCUGUAUCCCCACCGGCCGCGCACCGCCAAUUUACAUUACACGCUAACAUACCAUUGAGGUCGCCGCCUCGUCCACCGUUACCUUCACCGCCCCAAGUAGCUAUCGCUUUACCGCCAGCUCCAACGCCGCCGCCUGUGUUUAGUGCUCCCUCUCCACCACCACCGCCGCCGCCACCAAUGGUCAGCGCUUCUCCUCCGCCACCAACCCUCAGCGCUCCGCCACCUCCACCACCCCCACCGCCAGUACUUGGAGGUCCACCUCCACCACCACCCCCACCGCCGGUGAUGGGAGGCCCUCCUCCGCCACCACCUCCGCCGCCCAUGAUGGGUGGGCCACCGCCUCCACCACCCCCGCCGCCGAUGAUGGGCGGUCCUCCUCCUCCUCCACCACCACCACCGAUGAUGGGAGGCCCUCCUCCGCCCCCGCCGCCGCCACCAAUGAUGGGAGGUGCACCCCCUCCACCACCCCCACCACCAAUGAUGGGCGGUCCACCGGCGCCACCUCCACCACCGAUGAUGGGCAGUGGCCCACCGCCGCCGCCGCCACCACCACCGGGUGCGUCCGCUCAACCAGCGGUGGAAGCAGAGCCCGUAGAUGCACAAUCUGCAUUCUUGGCCGAAUUGCGUGAUCCAAACAGGAGGAGGAAACUUCGAAAGGUCGCGCCGUCGGCACCAAAGGCAGCGGCUGCUGAACCGGCGAAGGUGGCCCCGAAAGUGGAUGUUGAGGCGGAGAAGAAUGACUUGUAUAUGGAGAUGCUGGGCUACAUGCAAGCCCCCGGCGGCAACAUCGAAGAUCUCCUAGAAAAGUGUCGAUCGGCGACCAACACAGCUCGAGGGUUCCUAUUCACCCUCGUGCGUCGAGGCUGGCUAGAGGGUUAUCGCCUCACGGACAACCUAGAAAAGAUUCCGGCGAAAGCGUGCCAGCUGUGGCCGGGGAAGGAGUGGACGAAUGCGAUUGAUUUGCCAAAUGCGAAGGAGACGGAUUUUGCAGGGGUGGAAGGGGGGGAGUCGCAGGUUAUGUUGCGAGGCCACCUAUACCGCUUCGAUGAAUCCACCCAGAAACACACCCUCGACGAAAUCGCCCUCACAAUGGGCCCGCGCUUCCCCACGUCCCAAACCACCUUCUCCGAAAAAGAACCCCCGCGCGAGAACACCCUCGCCGCCCGGCAAGCCUGGGAACGCUACCUACACCUCAAGAACCAGCACCAACAGCAAGAUUUCCCGCAAUACACGCUCAUCACCACCAAACUCGCCGCUACGGACGCCUCACUGACGGCGACGUACCAACAACUCCUGGACACGAUCGCGGACAUCCGCGGCAUGUCGGAAGCGGUCCAGGCGCUGUUUGCCGACGUGUCGGUGAUGGAGUUACGCCGGAUUGUGAAUAGCAUCCCCGCGCGGAUCAGCGCGGUGAAGCGGAAGUUGGAGCGGGACAGUGGGAUCAUCAUCAACGAUUCGGCGGUUAAGCUCACCCCCGAGUUUUUGGCCCGGGGGUUGGAUAGCGAUGCGGAGGUCAAGAAGAUGGCUGCCGAGAAGGGGAAGCAGGGCAACCCGACGGCGGCUGCUGCUGCAGAGGGGAAGACGUCGUCCUCCACGCCCUCGUCAUCAUCGACAUCGCCUACGAAGGAGUCGAAGGCAGGGGAAAAGGAUGUGGAUCGGCUGCUUCGCAAACCGACGAAGUUGCAGGUGAAUGGGAUCCCGGCUAAUUUCUUGUUGAGUAUGCUGAAGCCUGCUGUGGGGGCGAGGAAGGCGGCGGGGAGUGGAGAUGGGGUGUUGAGGAGGGCGCCUACGAUUUGA